CAGGGGGCGGGCCAAGGGGGGCCGAGAGCCUGCGGCGGUUAAUUCCUUUUACCGCCCCGCUGCGGUUCCCUGGGCCUGGGCUUCGCUGAGGCUGCGAGAGAUGGUCAGGUCCGGACCUCGGCCGGGCCAGGUAUUGUCUUCGGGAAGACACACUGGACCUGCUAAAUUAACAAAUGGAAAGAAAGGGACCCAUUUAAGAAAAGUAUCACGUUUUAAUGCAGAUUCUGGCUAUCACACCCACUCUGAUUUGGAAAGUCAGAUUGAAACCAUACAGGGGCUUGAUGGCUGCGCUUCUUUACUGCGGGACAUCUUGAGAAAUGAAGAUUCAGGUUCAGAAGCUGCAUAUGUAGAAAAUAGACACAAAUUCAACUCUAGACCUUUAGAAGGCAAAAGAUAUGGAUCUAAAAAGAAGGGACCUGAAAAACACACUAUUCCUUCAGCUAUCUGGAAAGAAAUUUUAUCUUCAGAUAAGAGGAGACAGAUACCAAAUGAAGCUUCUGCUAGAAAUGAAGGAGACUCAUCAGACAUAGCAGAAAAUUGGUCAUUGCAAGAUCAUUACAGAAUGUAUUCACCCGUAAUAUACCAAGCCCUCUGUGAGCACGUGCAGACUCAAAUGUCACUGAUGAACGACUUGGCUUCAAAGAACAGCGCCAGUGGAAUUUCUGUUAGACCUUCCCAUACUGUUUCCUCUUCUGAAUCUCCGGCAACUCCACGCUCUAGUUAUGGCUUAUCUACCUCCAACCCAGCCCAGUCACCUCCACGGCCACCCUGCCCUGCGGUGGUUCAUUCUGAAGUUCAGAUUGAUAGUGACAACCAGUGUGCAUCAGAAGGUAAAACAGUUUCUGUGAACUCUACUGGUGUUCCAAGGAAUUCCUUUAGGACCAGUCCCGGACUUCCAUGUAGUCUGCCCAGAACUGAUAAAUCGGCAGCUCCAGCAUAUCAGCAGCUGGGGCUUGGAGGUGAAAUUCUGCCACCACAAGCAGUCUCUAAGGAUGCAGACCUACUAAAAUGUCUCCAAACAUAUAUGUCUCUGUUGCGUUCUCAUGGACAAGAAACUGGUCCGGACAGUCAGACACACCAAAGCCCUGCCCGAACACAGCCGGCUUUCUUGGCCACUAAUGAAAGGAAAUGUGCCAGGGAGCAUAUUGGAGAAGCCACAAGUGAAGGAAAGGAUUUAAACAUACAUGUGCGAGAGGCAAGAACCGUCAAGGAUGCCCAGAGGGCAAAAAAUGUGAACCAGACUACUGAAAAAGUUAGAACUAUAAAGUAUUUGUUGGGAGAGCUCAAGGCCCUGCUAGGAGAACAAGGAGAUUCGGAAAUUCAGAGGUUGGUUACAGAAUUGGAGGCAUGCAUAUCUCUGCUUCCAACAAUAAGUGGAAACACAAAUAUUCAAGUUGAAAUAGCCUUGGCCAUGCAACCACUGAGAAGUGAAAAUGCUCAGUUGCGCAGGCAAGUGAGAAUUUUGAACCAACAACUUAGAGAACGAGAAAAAACUCAGAAGGCAUCUGGUUCUCUGGACUGCAACCUUAAACUAUUUUCUCUGCAGUCAUUGAACAUGUCACUGCAGAAUCAGUUGCAGGAGUCGCUGAAGAGUCAGGAGUUACUACAGAGUAAAAAUGAGGAGCUCUUAAAAGUGAUUGAAAACCAGAAAGACGAAAACAAAAAAUUUGCCAGUAUAUUCAAAGAGAAAAAUCAAACUAUACUUGAAAAUAAACAGCAAUUUGACAUUGAGUCAACAAGGAUGAAAAUCGAGCUGGAGGAAGCCUUAGUCGAUGCCAAAAGCUCGCAGUUUAAAUUAGAAGCUGCUGAAAAGGAAAAUCAGAUAUUAGGAAUAACAUUACGUCAGCGUGAUGCUGAGGUGACUCGACUGAGAGAAUUAACCAGAACUUUACAGAGCAGUAUGGCAAAGCUUCUCUCAGAUCUUAGUAUGGACAGUGCUCGCUGCAAGCCUGGGAAUAACCUUACCAAAUCACUUCUGAACAUUUAUGAAAAACAACUUCAACAUGACCCAACCCCUACUCACACUUCCAUAAUGAGCUACUUAAAUAAAUUUGAAACAAAUCACAUUUUUACACAUUCAGAGCCCCUUUGUGCAGUUAAAAAUGAGGAAAACAUGGUGCCAGGUAGACGCCAUGAAACUGCCCUGCCCUCCAAAGUUCCUCAACACGGUAACACUGAGAACAUGGAGGAAGCUUCAGCCCCUGGGAUUAUUUCUGCCGUUUCGAAACAGGGUUCUGAUGAGGAGAGCGAAACCAAGACUUUAAUAGAAGAUGGGUAUAAUUUGGAUGAUACAAUUUAUAUUCCUUUUGUUAGAAGCACUCCUAAAAAGAAAUCACCACCAUCUAAGAGAAUAUCCCCCCAGCCACAGAUAAGUGUAGCUACACCCCAGCCAGUCAGCAACAGUGGACUUGUCUCUGAAAAGGAAAAUAAGCUGUGCGUGCCCAUCGUUUGUUCCUCUUCAAAAAAGGAAGCAGAAGAUGCACCUGAAGAACUUUCCAGAACAGAUGAUAUAGAAGACAGACAGCUCCUCAAGAAAAUAAAGGAAGCAAUUGGUAAGAUCCCUGCUACCACUGAGGAGGCACAGGACCAGGCUGUCUGCCAUGGCCCCACUGCUUGUCAAAGCAACAACGUUGAAAUCAAAGGCAAUACCGUCUCCGAUGGUAGUUUUUUAAAUUCUGACUUGAUGUCUGACUGGAGUAUCUCUUCCUUUUCAACGUUUACUUCUCGUGAUGAGCAAGACUUCAGAAAUGGUCUUGCAGCUUUGGAUGCCAACAUAGCUAGACUCCAGAAAUCCUUAAGGACUGGUCUUCUAGAGAAAUGAAUUCAGGAAAAAAAAAAACUAAUUGAAUGCUUUUUUUAAAAGUAUCAGGACUAGGCUACAUUGAAUGUAUAUUUUAAGUUUCUUUAGAGAAGAAAUACGCUUUUAUGUUAUUAAUUAUGUGUGAAAUAACAAAUUAUGUGAAUAAUAAGUUUAUUACUGGAAUAUAUGGGUAUUGUGGAACUUAAAAAGUAAGUCAUCUUAAGAUAUUGACAUUUGCUGAGAGACAAAAGUUGUAGAUAAUUAGGAAAGGAUUGUAAGUAUUGUUUCCAUUUGAUGCUUAGCAACUAGAGUUUUAUGUUAAUACGUACCUGCGGAGAUAAGGUACAGAUGGGAAGGAUUGUCUGGUUGUCCUAAACGAUAAUGGGGAAAGUCUCUGGGGACAAUUUAUUUUAUUCAAACUGGAGUUUCUUUUCUCUUUCAGGAUUCCUGUUUGCUUUUUUAAUGACGUUGUGUUUUUAUAUGGGAUGCUCUGUGCUACAAGCUAAUGUUGGUGAGAUGUAUAAAUAUUUUUUUUAAGAGAAAAGGUACCAGUAUCUCCAUCUCUUAAAAACAUUGAUUGGUCCAAGAAAAUAUAGGUAAACAUCCGAAGUUAGCGUGUGGUUUUUGAAAGUUUGGCACUUUUACAUAUUUUUAUCCUGAUUGCAUGUUUAAGGCAUUUAAAGAAAUAAAGUCAGGCUGAUACAUGUGCUAACAAAUAAGUUUCAGUUUUGAAAAUAUGUUUUUUAAUAAAUGAAUGUUUGCUCUUCUUA